AUGGGUCAGCGGUUUAAUCUUCAGAGUCAAAAUAAAGACGAAACAGGAAUAUCAAGAUUGGUUCCAGUGAGAGUGAACCCAUACCAACCAUCUAGCUUCACAUGUUAUGUUGAGGGCAUCCCACUUCCCAAUGCAUCCUCAGUUGAUCUUUACAGACAGACUGGAAACAGCUAUAACACGACAGGAAUCACCAGGAGAUCUAGCACUGUCUCAGGGUCAGAACGAGCUGUUGUCUUUGAUGUUGUUAGUGUGUAUACACAUGAAUAUGGGGAAUACGUUUGCAUUCUUACCGUUGAAAAUGUAGGCUAUCCCAGUACGCCCAUUACCAACGCAACCUAUGUUCUGCCAGUCAUUGAGAAAGCACCAGUGAUAGUGAGCACCACCUCAACUACAGUAGGUCUUCGAUGGCAUGCAUGGUCUGGAGAAGAUGACAUAGGUGAUCCUCCUCUGGUAGGAUAUGAUGUCUUUGUAGAGGAGGAUGGUGAAGUGGUAACGGAUCAGAGAGUAGAUCAACCCACAACAUCAGCCAUCGUUAGUAACCUGACACCAGACACAGAUUACAUGUUUCGUGUAGCAGCAGUGAGGGAAGGAACCGGUGGAACAGGACCUGUGUCUCCUAGUAGCGAAGCAAUAACUCGCUGUAGAAAACCCAGUGCUUCUCCAACUGGACUUCAAGUUUCAACCAUCAACCCGAAAGAGCUAGAGGUGACAUGGGAGCACCUCCCCUCAGAAUCAGCAGAAUGCAGGAGUGGAGUGACUCAUUAUAUGAUCUACUAUGCUUCUAGUGGAUCAACUUCUUCAAACUCUCUCAUGGUUCCUAAUGACACUAGCUCCUACACGAUAAGAGGGUUGGAUACCUAUCUGGACUAUACCAUUCAAAUAACUGCAUCAAAUAAAGACGAGGAGAGUGAUAGGAGCAGUGAGACUAUCGGCAAAACAGUUGAAGAAAUUGCACCUAGUCCUAUCAAUGUGGCUAUACCACAGAGUACUACAAGCUCCUUCACUGUAUCCUGGUCUACCCCUCUACCAUCUAACUUGAAUGGUAACAUCCAGAAGUAUAUUAUCCGCUACAAGCGAACUGAUCUCGUUACUGAUGGUGGCUAUAAGAUGGAGGAAGUAUCGAAUGGUGCGUUUGAAGGAGAGCAUACUGUUAUAGACCUGAUAGCAAAGACCAUCUACUCAGUUCAGGUACUGACCGUGAAUGGAGCUGGUUCUAGUAAUUGGUCAGAACCUGUGAAUGCUAAGACUAUACAGUCAGGUAAGAGCAUUAUAAGGCUGAUCAAUAUUGUGUUCAUACUUUAAACCUUUUUCCAUAAUAAUUUAAAAUUUGACUACUAAAUUUUACUCAUUCCCACAUUUCAUUUCAUUUCAUAUCUUUAUUGUGUCCAUAUAGGAUAAUUGUUGUAUUUACAUUAACAAUCUUGCUUCAACAUAUGAACAUAGGAACAACAUACAUGUAUAAUUGACAAUCAUAGGGCCCUGUUUUAGUAUACUGGAACCAUAUGUUUCGCAUAACUAAAAGCAAUGUGUUAAGCAAAACAAAACAAAAAGCAAAUAAAAUAUAAAAAAAUAAAAGCAAUGUGUUAAGAAGUGUAUCACAAAGUUCUAUCUCAACUUGAAUGAUAUAAGGUGGACAUAACUUGUCAUUCUUUAGUCCCUUCUGUUCCAUGGAUGACACAUUUUGCCCAAGAAUGUCUGCAAACACUUUUUCGAACUAAGAAUUGUUAUGUUUUACUUCCUGACACAGAAACAAACAUUUAUCUGCGUAAGGUACUUUAUUCCCAUAUAUUUGGAGCUCAAAUAAGCAACAAAACAAGCGUUUUGAAUCAAACUGAAGAAUUGAAAAUCAGUUAACUAUUUAUAUUACUUUAACCAAAUCUGCGUAAACCUAUCCCUUAAUUCGUAACGCUGUUGCACAAAUGGUCUAACAGACAUAGCCUUUUACCGUUUACUUUAUAUUAAAUCGCUAAUAUACACAAUACUAUAAAUACCCUUUUACAGCAACGCUACAUGCACUUCUUUUUAACCUUCCAUCCACGAACAAACUAAGAUCAAUAGUUUUAACACAGAAUGUCACUUGUAAUUGAUUUGUAGUCCCUGAGAUCCCACAAAUUAUGGAAAAGGGGGGAUCUAUGGACAGCAAACAACCCAUGGCAAGGGUUUAUCAUUUGUAAGUCGUAAGUUCUAAACACAUACGUUUAGAGCACAUUAUUCCUCCAAGACAUGCUUUUGAAUUCCUUAACAGGAGCGAUCCAAUCUUUACUCAUAGGAACCGAUGAUGUGACCAGCUGUCAAUAUUGCCAACAUCUGCUGAUACUUUACGUGGCUAAUGUACCUGAUUGCACAAUACAUGAAUAUACACACACAAAAUGAAUAUAUAAAAUAAUGAAGAUGAAUUUCCCCAUUCUCCCUAGACUUUAAUACAGGAGCCACCGCAUUCCUAUAUUUGAUUGGUACAUUGUAUGAGUCAUGUUUCAUUUAUGAUUACAACACGAUAGAUGGCUCUCCCAGUGCAUCAGUUGGACUGAUAAUAUGGGGUUCCAUGGCUUCCCUCAUUAAUAUCAUCCUGGUCAUUAUUCUCAUUCUCGUCAUCUUUAGAAGG